GCCGAAUGGCAGUGGUGGCACAAACCUAAUGUGUUUUGUGGUUUCUUGUGUAUAUUUAACGAAUUGGCGAACAUUUUUAUGUGGAAAAAUAAGAAGUAGAAGAAGCACAACGCCAACCAUAUAGCAUCAUCUAUAGAUAAUAUCAGCGAAAUAGCUAUAGACAUUUUUUUUAACAAAAUUAAACGGGAAUCACCGCGGCAUACCAGAACUAAGCUAAGCAAAAAGAAUAAAAUAGGAAAAAAAAAUAAUAAAAACAAAUCACUAAUCAAAGCGAAUCAAUGAACAAUCGAUAGAGGUGGUUAAAACGAAUUUGAACUAAAAAAUAAGAAAAAAAAAACUAAAACAAGAAUACAAGAAUUUCGAAUUGUUUUUUUUUUAUUUUUUGCAUGAGGGAAUAAGAAAAUCCUAAAGAUAGCUGAACGACAUACACGAUCCACGAAAUUUUCUGAUUGCAGUCGAGAAAGAAAAUUUAGGCAACACGGUCUGCAGCCAAUUCCGAGAAUAAUUAAACGUGGACAGCCUGAUGGGCAUAGAUAUAAUAGUUGUUCAAAUGAAAAUGGCCAUUUAGGGCCUAAAGAGCACCAAAAAAAUGUCAGGUGUUUGCUGACAAUUGCAAAAAAAAAACGAAAAAAACCAAAAGUGAAAAAUGUGAACCAUUGGAAAUGAUUGCCAAAAAAUAUCAAAGCAAAUUAUUAUUAUUUUCAAUUAUCAGAAUAUUCAGUGUCAAGCAACAGCAGCAUUUUUGAAGCCAUAAAAUAAUGAAUGUGUGGUGUGUGCAAAACAAAAGAGUGUUCAAAAUUAUUUUGGGAAAUUUCCAUUAGCAGCGAAAUUUUAAAAAAGUCUAUAUGCCAUUCAAGUACAAACAGAGCCAAAGACCAUUUUGCAGGAAGUAAUUAUCGAUAGGAAAAUAUUACGUAUAUAUGGCGCGUGGACGUAAUCACAAUCGAAAUCGCCAUCAACAUUUACAAAGUGCACAAAAGCAGCAAGCGUUCCCCCAAACUCCUCAGCAACAGCUGCAGCAGCAGCUGCAUCAGCAUCAAAAACAACAUUUAUUUAAUCAAGAGCAGCAAGAACAGCACCCUCAGAUUUUUAGUUGCCACAAUCCGCCAAUGCAGUCAACAAAUGCCACAGAUGCACCUGUUGCAGCCAUCAACGAAGACAGCGGCAGCGGUAGCGGCAGCACCAAUGGUGAUGAUGUGAACCAAAACUUCGACCAAUACCCCCAAACGCCCUCCAAAAUAUCUGAAAGUUACGGCCAUAAUAAUAAAAGUAAUGAUGAUUAUGGCCAUGAUGAUGCCAAUCCCAUAAUCAAUGGUCCCCUUGCAGCAGGCGGGGGACUAGCCAUUAAAUCGCACCUUGAGACGAGCGGCGACCCCGCCAAUGCCUCAGCCGCCGCGGCCGCCUUUACCACUACACACACUUAUCAAAUGACUAUGUCUAAUAAUAGCCCCACAGAUUUCAGCCAAGUCAACAGCAACUACGCCAACCACAACAGCCAUUCUCUUCCUGCUCAGCGAGCGGAAACUCCCGAGAAAGUCAACAGUAAUUCAGCCAAAGUGCAGAGCCAAGAAAAAUUGGCAAAUUUUGCUCUCCAUGGUGAGAGCCGAUAUGAACCAUCUCUUCAGCAAAGAGAAGAGUAUGGUGGUGUGCAACAACUGAGUAACGGUGAGUGCGAGCAGCCUCAUUACAUUAAUCGUUCUCCGGUCAUCGAGCAAAACGUUAGUGCCGCGAUCGCGCAAGUAACGGACCACAACGAGCAGGAAAACAAACGAAUAGCGGACGAUGGUGAUGGUCAAUUGAACGAAGCGACGACAAAGACAACGGUAUGUGAAAGUAAUCGCGUCUUAAUAAUAAAUCAAUCGUAUCCGACAUCAACAACAACAACAACAACUGCAGAUUCCCCAGCAAUGGGACAAAAAAAUACCAAAGGUGGGGAGGCAGCCGCCUCCACCCCAUCAUCCAGCACCACAAAUGUGCGGGAAUUUCGCGAAUCACCUUUACCUCCAAGGGCUGCGUCGGCACAAACCAACAACAACCAUAUAGCUGCGUCAAACGGCUCAACUAAUGGUGCCGGUCGAUAUCAAUCACCCCCUCUGCCCACAAUAACUGUGUCCGAUUGUAGUGCCAAUAGCCGCGCCCCUGCCCCUCAGAGGCCAAAUGAGAAAGAGGAAGUUUAUGAUUGCGACUACGAAAAUGUGCCUCGAAAUUUCACUGGCCAUGGCAAAGGCCAAGAAGAGGAAUAUUUUGAGACGGCAUCAACACCACCACCACCACUACCACCACGAUCAACAACACCAACAUCUUCUUCGAUGCCAUCGUCGCCAAAGGUCAAUGCCACAAGUCCAUCGCCACCAUCACCGUCAUCGCCCUCAUCUUACCGUUCUCCUUCGCCAACGUCAGUGUACUCACAAAUGCGUUACAACUAUGCAAAGUUGGAAGAUGUACCCGAACAGGAGGAGGAGGAGUACGAAGAUGAUGACGAAGACGAUGAGGAAGACGACGAUGAUGAAGAUGAAGAGGUGGUAACCGAUGAUGAUGAUGAUGAGGGCAAUGUUUCCGAUGAGGGUCCAUUGCCGCCUCAGAGAACGCAAGCAAGUGCCCAAGCUGCAGCAGCCUUAGCCUCUCGUUAUGGUAGCCCUGGCAACCUUGACAAUGAAUUUCGCCGCCUUAACUCAGCAUCUCUUAGUCCAGAUAGGCAACGGCAUGCCAAGAACUUCGAUAUCAGCAAUAAUAGCACCGAAUCUAAUUUAAGCAGCAGCUUUCCCGAUUCAGGCAUGGGAGAAUCAGUGGCAUCCACAAAUAGCCGUUUUAUAAAUAAUAACACCGCACAAGGGGAGGUGCGCUACAACAGCAGUGCCACGGCCAACACUACCAAUAUGCCUCAAGGGCAACAACCAAAUAACUCUAUGAAGCAACAACAACACCAACAAAUGCACUUUGUACGCGACGGCAGCUCCACAGACUGCGAAGAAACUCUAAUGCAGUGCGAAGAUUUUAUUGAUUUUGUUGAAACACCCGAAUUCCUCGAUCCCUCUGAACGUUUUGUGUGCAUCGAGAGCAUAAGUUUGCCCGAUGUUGUUGUCGAGUCAACAAACUCUUGUAGCAAUUCAUCUGGUAAUGGGGCUAACAGUGGCAAUUCUUCAGAUGCUGCCUCCUCAGGUGCUGCAGAUCGUGACAUUAUCAACAUAAAUGGCGCCACUGGCAAUUCUAUGGGCAAUGUUCACUUCAUUCCCAUCCAUGUGGAGGGUGCCAGUAGCAGCGAUCGUUCUUCGCCCAGAAAACAAUGCGUGGAUGAUAGCGUUGUGGGCAGUGGCAAAGCGACCAUCGAAAUUAUUGAGGAUGUCACGGAGUUUCCUACCUUUAGCACUGCCAGCAGCAGACAAAGUGAUUUUGAAGCUGAGAAAAUGAAAAAGGAACUGCUGGAGCAGAAAACUCAAUUUAGUGAACAACUGGAAGAUGCGCACAAAAAUGUGAAUCAACUGCAAACGAAAAUCAAUGAAAUGCAAAUGAAAAUUGAAACCUUAGAACAAGAAUUAUCCACCAAAACCUGGAACGUUGAAAGAUUACAGGGAGAAUUAAAGGCAGCUCAACGCGAUGAUGAAUAUGUCCGCCAAAAACUGAAAGUGGUCGAGGAUGAAAAAACAAAUCUACGCCAUCGCUAUAGCGAAUGUGAAGAUGAGUUGAAAAUGAAAUAUGAUGAACUCGAAGUCCAGUACAAUGAAUUGCAAGAGAAAUACAAUCAAACUCAAGCAUUGGCCCGCAACUUGCAAACACAAUUGGCUCAGGCCCAAACGGAAGCAGAGGAAUGGCGCGAACAAGUCGAUAAAAUACGAACAUCGCUGGAGGAACAGAUAUCUCUAUUGAAGAGCGCUCUGGAAAAUUCGGAAAAUGAACGCAAAAUAUGUCAGGAUAAAUGGCAGCGAGAAUUCGAAAUGCUACGGACUCAGAAUAUGGAUCGUGAAGAAUCCAUUAUGACCGACUGUGAAUGGCAGCUGCGCGAAACACAAAAACAAUGCAAAGAACGCAUUGAAAGAGUCGAAGAGGCCCGCAAGGAAGCCGUGGCAAAUGUGGACCUUCUUGAAAAUGAAUUGGAAGCGUUGAGCAGAGAAAUCGACGACAUGAAGAUCUAUCAGUCUCAAGUGAAUUCAUUGCGUGGCGUUGUCAAUGAACAGGCCAACUCCAUUGAAACCCUGAUGGCUCAAAUUGAAUCACUGAAGCAGGAACUGGCAACGGCCAACGAAAAUCUCGAGGAGCAAAUUGAAGCUGUAACGAAAAUUAAAUACCAUUGUGAUAAUGCUAUCUAUGAUAAAGAACGUGAAACGAUUAAUCGUAUCGAUGAAGUACGCAACGAAGCUGCCGCCUUUUGGGAGGACAAACUUUAUACGGAGAUGACAAGACUGAAGAAUGAACUUGAAUCUGUUUACGUGGAGGAGCGUCGCGAUGCCUUGGAUAAAUUGCAAAUGGAACAUGUGGAAGAGCUGAAGGCUCUGACGAAUCGCUACACCUACAACGAGGAAGAGUUGCGCGCCGAAUUGACCGAAACGCAGGAAAGUCUAGAGCGCAAGUCCCAGGAAUUCCUAGAGCUGAGAGAAAAAUCCGAUACUGCAUUGCUGCAGACGCGCAUGCAUUUGGAUCGGGCAGAUCGAGAAUUCCAAAAGGCCAUGUGCCAGGAGGAGGAGCGACGCGAAGCUUUGGAGCUUAAAUUGCGUAAGGAUUUCGAGGAAGAAAAACUGGAAAUGGAAGAAAAAUUUCGCGAACGUUUGGGUCAAGUGAAGGAAGAGUUUGCGCGAGAACUGCAAAUAAAUACCCAAGAGCUGACAAAGGAGCAUAGAAAAGAAGUGCAAAAAAUCCAGGCCAAACUAACUGCCGAGAAAGAUCAAGCCCUACAGGAGCUGGCCGAGAGACAUAGGCUGCAAAUGGUCGAUGUCGAAGAACGAAUAAAAGAUGUCGAGUUACGUUACAAGCGCGAUCUGAAAGAUCUGAAGGCGGCGUACGACGCCGAAAAGCUGGCCCUCGACAAACGUGAUAUCAGCAAUGCCAACGAAAUCGAACAGCUGCAUCGAAAGUGUCGCUGUCUCACCAACCUCUUCGAAGAGAUGCGUAUGCGCUAUGAACGCCGUGAUCCUCGUCCAGAGGAUCUACGCGAAAUUGCCGAGCUGCGGGAGCGCUGUGAAUCUCAGGAGCGUGACAUGUAUCUGCUUACCGAUCGUCUAUGCGAAUUGCAAACGCAAAUGGAUCAAAUGCAGCAGAACCAAGUCAACAACAACACCACCAAGAAGGCAAAACAAAUUAAAAAGCCCCCUCCGAAAACCAUACCCACAAAUUGCGAUGUUAUCUACGAAGAAAAUGAGGAACGCGAAUCGCCGCCACCCACUCCAAAUUCAUAUGCGCCAGACACCAUCAAUGAAGAGGAUGACGCCGAUGACAUCAAUCGCACAGACGACAGCAAAAACCAGAAGAUUGUGGAUUUUUCAAAGAGCAAGUCCAAAUUGAUCACCAACAACCAGCAGGAUGACAGCCACAUGAUUACCGCCAUGUAACGCCAUGACGGAAGUGGGCGAAAAGAUAAAUGAUGCUGCGCUUAUUGCUAAUAGUCGCAUAAGUCAGCUGUCGACCCUCUGGUUGGCCGAUUGGUGAACCUCCACAUUCAUCAACAUGCUCGAUGGAUGUCUUGUAAACUAUCAUCAGAUGCAUCUCCAUAAUUAUUUAGUAUGGGGGGGAGAUGUGUAACCGAGAGUCGCCUUGAAGGCGAUCUUGUCCUCCUCCUCCUCCACCUCACCUAUAGUUGCAUCGAAAUGUUCUUUCUUUAUGUAAAAUAUUUCAAUAAUUUUUGUACGAUUUCCUACAUAAGCACGUGCUCUUUAUUUCUAAAUCAUGUAUUAUUUAUAAUUAUAAUUAUUAUCAUUUAAUCUUUUUAUUAUGUUUGUAUAUCUUAAGCUAAUCAUUAUACCUACGUACAUAUAUCAAAAACGAUUCUUAUCUAAAAAUUUCGCCUAAUUCGUUGACUAGUUUUAGUUGGGACACCAAACGAUUUGAACAAAAAAAUUCUAAAUUUUAUUUGUUGCCAAAUUAUUCCCGAACAAAAAUAUACUUUUUGUAUUUACACAAGCAAAGCCAAAAACAAAAUAAACUACAACAAAAAACCGAAGAAA